UUGGAGAGUAUUUUUCGAUCACAUGACUUGGAAAUAGAGAAAAUGUCGGCCGACCUUGUUUUUGGGUCCAUUCCGCCGUUUUACCGGGAGGUGUACGACAUCGUCUGCCCAAAUCAAGAACAUGUUGAUCGAGAACUUUUUGUGCAAUUAUUGGUCAAGUCAAGUUUACCAAAGACUACCAUAAUGCAGAUAUGGGAAUUGGUGGAUAGUAGUCAAGGUUUUGUAGCUAGAAAUGGGCUUUACAAGGCAUUGGCACUUACAGCUUUAGCACAGCAGGGGAAAAAUAUCAAUGAAAAAUUGUUGGAAAGUUUUUCUGGCCAAGAAUUACCGAAACCAUCUCUUGGUGACCUUUCUGAUCUGAAAACAACAAGUAUUCGAUUAAGAAGGGAGAAAAAUCCAAAUGUACUGGGAUUGAAUUAUUCUGAACUGUGCAAUUUAGAUACCGUCAAGGUUGAAUUAGUUCCAGAAAAAAAGGGGCUUAUUUUAAAACAUGUAGAAUAUGAAGUUACCAGUCAGCGUUGGAAAACAACAGUUUUAAGGCGUUAUAACGAUUUCAUAUCAUUCCAUGAACUUUUAAUGUUAAGAUUUCCAUAUCGAUUAAUUCCAAGAUUACCACCAAAAAAGAUGAUGGGAGCUAAUAGAGAAUUUAUUGAACAGAGAAGACGAUCAUUAAAGAGAUUUUUAAUAAUAGUAACCAGACAUCCACAACUUAAUGAUGAUGAAUUAUUAAAGUUUUUUCUUACUUACAACGGCACAGAUAUGCAGCAUAAAAUCAAAGAUCAUUUUAGAGGCAGCCCUGAUGAAUUUAUGAUUAGUAAUUUAGCAAGUAAAGCAAAGGAUUUAGUACCAUUAGAUACACAGACACAGAUAGGUUAUAGUAAACAAUUAAUACAAUUAUUAUAUAAUAGUGUUUCCAAAAUGAAAGACAUAUCUGAAAAAAUGGUUGUUAAUGCAGCAGGGUUUGCAGGAGAUAUGUUGCAUUUUGGCAGUGAACUUAGUUUGAUGAGUAAUGAUGCCACUCCUGUCACAGCCUGGGCAACAGGCAACAACGAUACCUGGUCUCAUUUACAGAGAGGUUUCAAACGAUUAUCAGUAGAAUAUGCAACAUUAUCUGAUAAAGCAUCCCAUGAGGCUGUUGAAGCAGAGGAGGGUGUUGUAGAAAAACUGUCUUUAUUCCAAGAUAUGUUAACAGCAUAUAAAGAUUUAUGUGAUCGACAUGAGAAAGGAGUAUUAAACGAUCAUCAAAGGGCUAUACAAAAAAUGGGUCAGUAUAAGAAAAAAAAGAUGUCAGCUACUGUACAGGGAUCUGCAGAGACAGGUACAGUAGAACAACUUGAACAGAGAAUCUUAGAUCAAGAAAGUCAAAUAGCUAAUAUGGAAAAUAGAAAUUAUUUUUCUCUUCAUUGCUUACAAAUGGAAACUCAGUUAAUACAUGGUAAUUUAGACAUAUUUUAUGAAGUCCUGAGUUCAAUGGCAGAAGUAGAGGCUAAAGCACAUAAUGAGUUAGCGUUUGUGUGGACUGCAAUAUCACCAAUAGUGGAAACUCUUAACCCCAAAAAUGUUUCAGUCCCGUCAUCACCUACAACCACCUCCCCGAUUGGAUCUCCUUUAAACAGUCACUCUGGGAUCAGCAUGUAAUGUACUCCAAGCAAAUAAAUCUGUGAUGAUUGAAUAUUAUUUGUAUGUUUUUAUCUUGUUAUUGACAUUCAGUACAUGGUAUAUUUUCCAAAUUCAAAAACGUUGAUGUAUACCAUAAAAAGCAAAUGGGUUAUAUAUGUGUUUACCUGACUGCUAAUAUCAUACUAAUAUGUCUCAGAUUUUAUGUUUUCUUUCUGCAGAAAAGUAUGACGUUCAUUUCAUUUCAUUUAUGUUUUCCUUUAUGUUUUCCUUUUGUGAAUCUAAUAUUCAUUUGGUUAGUGACAAUAAUUAAAUAUUUUUUCAUUAUGGUGUAAAAAAUGAAUUUCAUACCAAUGAGAAGUUAUUUAGUGAAAACUUGUCAUGAUUUAUUCUACCAAAUAAAAUUCAUAGUCAGUAAACAAAUCUUACAAGGGUGUUUGAAAAAUCAAAAUUUCUUAAAUAUCACAUAAAGCACCAUAUAAAAUUUUGACAAAAAUUGUGGUCACUUAUUGCUUGUUGGUUUUAAAAGGUUCCAAAUAAUAGAUUUUUUGCAUAUUUUUGUAAGAAAUAAAAAUUACUGUUCAUUGGAUGACAUAAUUUUGUUUUUCUAUAUAAUGAAUGAAAGGAGGUCCAUAUCAGAUCUGAAAUCAACCAAGUAAUUAUUAUAAGUGUAUGUGAUUGUUUUUAAUGUAAGCAAUCAAUUUACAGAUUGCAUGAAAAUGCAUGAUUGAUUUAUUGGUGCAUAUCUACAGUAUAAUGGCAACUUUAUAAUAGUUAUUAUAUAUUCAACAUCUAAAAGUUUUAUUUCUACUUAUAUAUAUAUAAAAUUUAUAAAAUAACAAUGCCUAGGAUCUUUAAUUGUUAUUUUAUAUAUUAUAUUUAUAUGGUUUGAUUUGUAUUGUUAUUCACCAUUAAAUACUGCCUAGGAUCUUUAAUUGUUAUUUUAUAAAUAAAUAUAUAACACAUAUUAAUUAAUUUUACUGCCAUAUGUUCAGUAAUCUGAAGAUUGAUUAAUGAUGUGAUUGAUUUAUUCUUUGAAUGGCAUUUAGUACUUGGAACAUAAUCAAAUAACCAUAAAAGUGUGUUAUUUGACGUGAUUGGUUAAUAGGUUCAUUGGUCCAAAAAUAAAGUAAUGUUUCAUGACAGUUGAAAUUAGGCAAAAUGUUAAUAAUAAAUCAACAUUCAUAAAUAACUAUAUUACAAAACUUUUAUCAUUUUUAAAACAAGAUAAUUAUUGACAAUUAAAUAAUCACUUGACAAGUAAGAUCUUUUAUUUGAAUCAAUAAACCAUCUGAAACCUAUUAACCUACCAAGUAUUCAACAUUGGGCAGUCAGCAUUAUAUAAUAUGUACCUUGAUUAAUAGUUCACAUUCCUAUUUAAAACUCACUUCCAAGAAAUAAUAAACAGGGGCUUCUCAUUCCCCUACUGUGAGCAAAUUCAUUCAUGCUAGCUCUAAAAUAAAUCAUUUAUCACAAUUUGCGGUCAGAAAUGUUUGAGGGGUUUCCUGUACAUGUAUAUUACGAGUAUAUCAUAUUUAAAAAAAGGAAAAAAGAAAACAGAUAGUCUAAAGUUAGUCUAUAUCUCAUGAUAAUACCAGUUAAUUUUUCAAAAUUAAAUUAAUCAAAAUAUUUGGUGCAUUUAAAUUGAAAUAUUGUCAUUGUUGUACUUAUUUCUAGUCUAUAUUUUUAAACCACUGAAACAUGAGUUUUCUCAUAGAGCAGUCUUGUCUGAUCUCUAUUAUCAUGUUUUGGUGGAAUGUUAAAAAGACUAUUUACACUUAAUUAGGCACAAAUUAUAAAUUAUUGUGAAAAGCCUUUAACAAGGAGGGGUAAUUGAUGCAAGUAACUCAAUGAAAAAAAAAUAAAUAUAUGUACUAAACAUUUUCCUGUAUAGAGGACAUGGCCCCUUUUCUGUUGAAAAUUUAAUGCUACCCUCCUUAAUUUUUCAAUCCACACUUCGAUGUAUAUUGAAUAACCCAUCAUUUGGUUUGUAUUCACCCCAUAUCACUCAUCACUUUGGAUAAAAUGAGAUGUUCAAUCUCUUAAAAUAUAUCCAAAGCACAGGGAGAAAUAUAUGUGUUGCUGCAAACUACAUGCUAUAAUUUGGGAAUCCUAUUUAAUUCCAAAUCUAAAAAUACUGUCAUUACAUGAGUAACAACUAACUGACUCUUCAUCGAAAACAAGUGGUCUGCAAAAUUUAUAGUUAACAGCAUGGGGUAUUUUUAUUUAUUUAUUUUGAGCCUGCUUUAGGUCAUAAGAAAUAUACUUUUAGCUUAAGUGAAACUCAAGGAAUUAAUCUGUAAAUAUACCAAACUCUUUCCAAAUGAGUCGAACCUAUCUCUUAUUAUAUUUUUGUUUAUUAAAUAUGUCAAUAAUUAUAGUCUUGAAUGUCAUAGUUUAUUUAUAUCACAUUUUUUGUAGUUAUAUCAUUUAUUAUUUUAUCAAUUAAUUUUUUUCUUAUCACAGUUUUUUUUACAUAAUAUUACAUAGAUGCACACUAAGUCUUGAUGCUCUACCUAGCAACUUACAACAUUGUCAGUAUAAUCAUAGAAAUAUAUGUCAGUAUCUAUUUCUAAUGUAUAAUCAUAGAUAUAUUAUCCAUCUACAAACAAACAUCCAACUUGCUAUCUCUCAUAUUCCAAAACAAUGAUUAGGCUUAAAGAUGCUUUCCCACAUACAAACUGUGUGAUUUGAUGAUAUAUUUGGACUAAAAACAUAUUCAAACUAUUUUAUCUAUCAAAUCAUAGAUUCAAAUUCCUCUCAAAACAUGUUAAUAAGAAGAAAAGUAUUCCAUGCCACAAGAAUCUCUUUUUACCAUCCUUGUUUAUCAGUGGACUUGAUUGAGGGAGAAUCCAUUUUACUAUAAAUACUGAGGCCUAAGUAAAUUCUUGGAGGGGGGUUGGGAUGACCUAGUGGUCUAGAGUGCCACGAUUCGACAUCUGGCUGGCCAGUCACCUCUGGCUUGCGGCCUGUGGUUUUGAUUCCUGGUGUGAGCGUAUGUGGCUUGGAGAUAGGAGCGCCUUCUCAACCUUGUGGGUUUACUCUGGGUACUCCGGUUUCCUCCCACAGGAAAGAAAAAUAAGACUUGUUUGUGAUAUCACCUUUGGUGGAAGCGGACGUUAAACACUAAGAACAACACAAAUUCUUGGAUUAUCCUAUGCCAUUGAAUUCACUCAACACAUAACAUAAGAAGCACUCCUUACUUUGCUUGAGGACACAGGCUGCUUCUUAGGGAUAGGCCUACCCUCACAUUUUUUGCACGCCCCAUGGGUUCUUCAAGGAAUCAGGUAUUUUUCUAGUAAGAUUGGGUGUCUACUUUGUGUGAAUGUAUCAUUAACUCUGAACGGCUUUAUGAUAUUUACACUCCAAUAAAGUAGAACAAGUUAAAGAUUUAAAAAAUUGUAUUCUAAUUAUUACUGAAACCAAAUAGUCUUUCAGUUAGUACUGUAAGUAUUCCAUUGCACAAUUACUGAAAGACAAUGAAUUUGUAUAUAUGUACAUAUAUUUUAUGUAGGUAUAGUAUUUAUAUGAUACAUUUCACAAAGGAUAUUUUUAUAUUCCGUUAUAAUAAUGCUGUGGAUAUACUUAAGGAUAGAGGUGCUUUAAUUGUUCAUAUUCCAUUUGUAUACCAACAUGUGUAUAGUAUAUUUUACAUAUAUAUAUAGCACCUCAGUAUAUCUGUUUGUUGUAUUUAAUAAAAUAAGUUGUUUAAAAUAUAUAUUUUGUUGUUCAUAGAAAUACUGGUUAGCCUACUGGAGAAAUGACUGUUAAUAAACAUUGCUAAAGAUUUACAUAUAUCCCUAUAUGUUUAUAAAAAUACACUUACACGUUUUAUAAGGUUUCUGAUUCUGAUAAUAUGGAAGUAAGAUGGAGCUAAAAUUAUAAUAAAGACAUUCAUUAUAACAUGGACUAGCAAUAUUUAGCCUACAUAUCCUGUUUUCUCUGGCUAAGUUAUUUGAUACCCAAGUCAUGAUUUGAAUACCCAAAUCUUGUUAAUGAUCUCCUAUAUUUAUAAAUUAUUAAAUCGGAUAAGUAACGUUCA